AUGCUGAGAGUGGUUUUGUUUUUGGCGCUGACGUCACCACAGUCUGUUCUGGCAUUUUGUAACGAUGGCUGGCUACCGUACCAUAAUGUAUGUGUCGUUUUCAGCGGUGUAGAAAGGCCUUGGCAUCAGGCAUUGGCGAUCUGUACAAAAUACGGCGGAUGGAUCUACCAUGAUAAUGAUGAAGAUGACCCAGACAAACAUACUUGGAUUGUUGGACACAUGAAAGCGCACAAAGUCGCAAGUGUUUGGAUCGGAGGCUUUAAGGCAGGAUACAAGAGUUUUGAAUGGAUGCCAGGCUUUGAGUAUAUAAGAGAUCCACGCUGGGCCCCAGGACAACCAAAGUCCGGCGAGCUACGUUGCAUUUCCUUACAAGGACAAUUGGGGUACAAGUGGAAGAAUGAAAAUUGUACUUCCAAAUUUCACUAUAUUUGCGAGAGGAGAUCUAACAGUUACUUUGCUAAUUCAUCUCCCAUAAAAAUCUACGACUUCACACCAUACACAGGUUAA